UCUGACGCAUUCCACUAUAAAAGACGAGACUUCAAAGUCUAAAAUCCUCAAACCACGAACUGAGGGUUCACGGUCAGAGAGUGACGUGGAGGAAGAAGAGGGGUUUGAUAUUGAUAGUGAUGGAUCAGAGGAGAGUUCUUCACGUCUCCCCAUAACCAGUUCUAAUACUCCUGCUAAGAUCACAACACCACAGACGGCGAACAAAACAGCAGGAACAGAACCGGCAAGUGUAGAAACUCCACGUUGGUCGAAAAGCGAGCGUGAAAUUGCCAUAGAAGGAUUACGACGUCAUGGCCGCAACUGGACAGCGAUAUCUCAAAUGGUGAAAACCAAAACGGAAGCACAAUGCAAGAAUUUCUAUUUUAAUUAUAAACGAAAACUUGACUUGGAAAAUGUCAUAGCAGAACACAAUGCCGCCAAGGUCGUCCAACGUAGAGAAUCCGAGGAAACCAUUUCUGCGUCGGAGGCCUCCGACGACAACUACGAAGUCGAAGAGCGACCGAGUAUUGUACGAAGCAAACCGAAUACAAGAGAAACUCGUUCUCAAGCUGCUGAGCGACGCGCAGAGUCCGGACCCACUCUCCGCAUUUCGCGCAGCUCACGAAAUUCUCGUAACCAAUCCUCCGAAAGGAAACCUUCACGAGGCUCUACAGAAGAUCUGUCAAAUAUCAAAUUUCAUGAGGCGGAAAACCAAGAAACGUCUGAUAAAUCAAAGAUGAGCACGCCGGCAGCUGAUGAGGCGCAAAUUAUUGUUGUGGAUACGGUGGAACCUCAGGGACAGAGCGAGGUAGUCAGGGGUAUAAUUAGCCCACGAGAGCAUUCGCGCUCACAGAUAUCACCAAUAGAAAACUACAUGCGAGCUCCUGUAUCUUCAUCAAUGAUCUUCGUCUCAGAAGGAAUGCAAUUGACAGGAAGCACAAUUUCCACUACUCUUGCUACGCCAUCUCAAGCCGUUACCAAGGUGACAAACACGUCAUCAGACCGACAGCUUAUCCAGUCCUCGACCAAGAUGGAAAUUCAACGCACCUCUAACCUCCCAUGUACUACCGACUCCCCAAAGGUCAAAGUUGACUCCCCUAGUAAUACAAUGUACUCAAAUAUCCCGUAUAAACCCCUCACACCAGCUGGCAGACAUUCUGAGGCCUUGCAGAACUUGGCUCGAAGAAAUGCUGCAGCAGAAGGUCGCGUGGAAAGCUCUGGGGAAGAGUUUGGGGACAAGGAUGAGAAAGAAAAAUUGAAGAGGAUUCGCGUUCCUGAUCCAGAAUUACAUAAAGUUGAACGAGAUGAAGCUAUAGGAAAAUUCACCUAUUAUUCACCAUGUAUACCUCCAGAUACCACCAGUAUACAACAGGUGCGAAACCAGAGGUUUCCCCCUCAAUUCCAUCAUCCCCCAGCUAUGCCGAUCCCAUUUGUGCCUCAUUUGGGACCACAUGCUGCCACCUUCUUCCCACCAGAUAUUUUUCCUGUACCUUUUCCUCACGGUCCUGGCUUUGAGCCUAUGUAUCCAGUGGAGUAUCUUCACCCAGGUAUGGAGCAUCAUAACCUGUACUCCGCCCGUCUGCGAGAGGAGGCAGCCCGUGCAAACCCGGCGAUGUGGCCACCCAUCGAACACCAGCUUCUCUUAACCCCACACGGUCCAUAUGUGGUCCCAUUGGAAACUUUACCGCCCGGUGAAGCUUUAAUGCCAAGACGAAGAGAAGGUGGACAUGAGAUGAUUUCUCCCGUUCCCUCAACCAGAUGUCGAUCUGUUGAAAACCCAGCUAUGCACUCUCGGACACCAGAACAAGUAAGUAUCCCCACCACAAAGAUCACUAACAAACCGCGCUCGACGUCUUUGACCGACGUCCACUCACGAUCCGCUCCGAUUGAACGUCCUACGGCAUCGCCCGGUCGACCUCAAACUAAACCGAGCUCUAAAGAACCAACUGAUCAGGUCAAGUCAUAUGAACCAUUUACGGCGCUCAUGAAUGCUGCUGCAGGGGCUAGACCAAUUUCUUCGUCAUCAGCAGAAAGUGUUCGAGAGCUGCAGCGUUCAAGAGAACAGCCUAAACCAAACGAAGUUGAUCGAUCACACCCUCAGUUUACCCGCCAGUCAUGUGUUGUUACAAAUACUUCGGUAGUUCAUGUCAUGUCCGGGCCAAAAGAGUCAUCUGGUUCGCAGGCUCAUGGUAUCUCAUCAGGACUCGCUCCUCGUCAACCACCCCCUUGCUAUCAAUUACUGGCUCUCACCCUCUGCCCCAAAGAAGUGAGGGAAUAUCGAAUUCUAGAUUGGUCGAAAAACAUAAUAUAG